UUUCAGUGUCCUUUGGAAUUACUUGAAACCUCUGGUUCCCAGUGUAUUUACAUACAAAACAAAAAGUCUAAAGCCACUCAAGCAGCCCCUAGAGGCCAUCCUAGUCAUUGCACCUCAAAAUGUCAAAAGGUAGCAGCUUAGGUUUACAGAAAUAAUGUAAACAAACUUGUCUAGCUGACUAAAUUCAUGCAAGUGAAAAGGUAGUCAUCACUAAAACAUUUCAUGUAAAUAUAGCAUUAUACCUCAAACCUAUUGUAGAACUGCAUAUCCUGAGCCUUUCCUAGCAUUUCCCAGGGGAUGUAAAUCUGUAUUGUUAUCAACUUCUCUUUUUAUGUGGCAAUGUACACUCUACAGACAAGAUCAUAAAGUCUGAAGAUAAGAAUUGCAGAAAAUUGUGUGGGCAAACCGUUCACUCACCUUUACUUUACAUGUAUCUAUGAGCUGGUGUCAGCAGGAAACUCCAGUUUGAUUUUAUAUGUAAAUACACUACUUCCUUAUUACCCGUCCCGCCUCCCCUUUCUCCCACAUCUGGCCCUCCCUGUGUCCUUGUGCUCUUGCCCCACCUUUUAUCAAGUAUCAACAGGCAAACUUUAGAAGUCCACACCCCUGCAUAGCACACUCAUGCACAUGUUUACAGUAGCAGUAAGGAUCAGCACCUCAGACGAGAACGGCAGCAAUACUGGGCUCUACUUUGUGGGACACAUUUUUCUACAUACCUGCUUUAGAGGAUUUGACGAACCACCACGGGAAUGAGACUGAGGGACUUUUGCUGCAGCCACCAAUGGCAUAGGAGUUUGGGAUGACUGUGAACACAGACUGCUCUACUGAUUGUGAGAUUUAUAAGGAGUGGCUGCUGUGGUUUCUCUACAUUCCCCUGUCUUCACCCCUCUUUUCCCACUAACCGCAACAAUGGACCUGACUUUGUGGCAGUACCAGUUCAGGAUCAUCAUGCUGGGGGACUCCACAGUGGGCAAGUCCUCCUUACUGAAGCGCUACACUGAAGACUUGUUCCUGGAGACCAUUAACCAGACAGUGGGUGUAGACUUUUAUGUUCACUUCCUGGAGGUGGAGCCGGGUGUCCGUGUCAAGCUGCAGUACUGGGACACAGCUGGACAGGAGAGGUUCAGGUCAGUGACCCGGUCUUAUUACCGCAACUCGGUCGGAGGCCUGCUGGUGUUUGACAUGACCAACCGAGCCUCCUUUGACCAUAUUAAGGAGUGGCAUGCUGAGGUGUGCGAGCGGGUGCAGCCGCAUAAAGUCCUGUUCAUCCUGGUGGGCCAAAAGAGUGACCAAGAUGCUCAGGGAGAAAGGGUGGUGAGCCAGGAAGAGGCUGAGAAACUGGCCGGACAGCUAGGGAUGCCCUACGUGGAGGCCUCAGCCAAGACAGGCCAGAACGUGAGGGAUGCCUUUGAGUUGCUGACUCGACGUGUCUACCAGGGUCUGUUGAGUGGAGAGGUAGAGCUGCAAGAGGGCUGGGAUGGAGUCAAGUGCGUUGCACCACAGGCGCUGCAGUUACAAAGAGCAGUCCUGGCAAAGCCCAGCACAGCCCCCAAGAACAAAAAGAAGUGCUGUGAUUAAACUGUGGGCUGAUGGUGGUCACCCAUACACUGAUGUUACUGUAGAGCCAAAAUCAGCCCCUAGGAAGUUGCAUUUGUGGCAAAAUUAUACUGUAAAAAUGUGGAUAUCGUAAAACACUUAGAUUUGAAAUGUAUUGUUUUGCACCUUUGUUGUGAAGAUAGAAUCUUAAGCAUUGAUUUGAGAAAACACUCUGGGACUUAUUGAUGAUACUUUGACAUUCCUGAAAUAGGUGAAGAUUUAACUUCAUAAAUGACGGUUUUGUUUAACUGUUAUUUUAAGCCAUUAUAGUGGCGUGGCAAUGUCAAAAACUCACUUUGGUGAUUCCAUGACUUUUCAUCUAGCACCACUAGCAGGUUGACAUUUAAUUUUGGGUGAAAUGUCUCAACAAUUUUUAGAUGGAUUGCUGUGAAAUUUGUUACAGGUGUUCAAGGUCCCUUAACUUUUCAUGUAGCGCCAUUAUCAGAUCAAAAUUUUAAUUUGCCCAAUACUUGUGUGUAAAUAGCGGCAAAACUAAUGACAUUCCUAUGAGCCUCAGCUGUACUUUUCCCUGCAAAUUGUCAAAUGUUAGCCUGCUAACAGGCUAAACCAAGAUCGUGAACCUGGUAAAUAUGACCUGCUUAACAUCAGCAUGUUGACAUUAUCACUGGAAGCAUGUUAGAAUUUAGCUCAGUGUGCCUUCUUUCAGGAUUACUGAGGUGCUAGCAUCGCUACAUUUAGACUAUUAUUUAACUGCAACAUCUAUAGCUUUUUUAUUUAUAGGAUCUUGAAAAAGUCGACAGGCAGGUUCACUCUGUGUGAGAUCCGAGGUCCACAGCUGACCAGAUUAACAUGGACUGAUGAGGUUGUUACCUCAGUUCAGGGGGUUGUAAUGACGACAUACUGAGCCAAAACCAUUAGUGUUGUAUGUGACUGCAUCACCGUGCAUUCAAUCUACAAGGGUUGGGAUGCAUUCACAUCUUCUCUUUUUGUGGACCUCAAGACCUGUACAGUAGAAAACUGGUUGCCAACCUGGGCAUCCUGAUGCCCUAAGAGGUCUUGAGAUAUAUAUGAGGCGCCUUAAAAUUUUCAAAUUUUUUAUAGUGCAUUUUUGUUUUACUUACAGCCUAAAUGUUAUAUUUUGUCAGACUGCUCACAGCUCAUGCCCACACACAAGGUUGUAACUUGUGAUGACGAGUUGCAAGUAAGCUCUGGCCAAAGAGGUUGGGAACAACUGCACCAACAUUUAGCUUUUUUCUCACAGAAAUUUUUGUUUUUCUUGCCCAUGUUGUUCAUUCUGUACAUGAAUGGCAGCAGUUAAGGUAUUGGGUCCCUUGGUUCAGAUUAGAAACAUCACCCUAAGGCUCUAUGUGAAUUAAUAUUUUGGGCCAGAGUAGUUUUCUGGAAAAGGCUUUGUUGCAUCGUCAAUAAUUGCACUGCAUCCCGUGAGUGAGUGAUUGUUUUCAGGUGCUGUUGUUGAAAUUAAUGGAAUGAAAACUCUAGGGUACCUUUAGAUAUGGUUCUUUUGAAAUGUGAGAGGUUUCUAUUGCAAUUACUGUUCAUCUGGCAGAUGAACAGCCUCCUGUGUUUCUGCAACCAGAACACAUACAAUUGAUUAUACUACUAAGACACCCAGAUUAAAGAUUCACACAAGACAGGUUGUCAACUGUUUG